GGUUUAUUCCCAGGAUGCUUUGCGUGCGGAAGUGCAUCUAUGCCUACAUCAGCAUGGCGCUUGCUCGCUAGUUUCACGUGAAAUUAAUGAACUUCGUGCAACUAUUUUCUAUAAAAUGGAUCCGAAAGUGCAUGAAGCUAGUCCAGCGACAAGAGAAUUCGGCUGUGAGCAGAAUCUUCUAUCAAGACCUGACGGUUCAGCAUCAUUCAUUCAAGGGAAUACCAAUGUGUUGGCUGCAGUUUACGGACCAGCAGAGGUUAAGGUCAGCAAGGAGAUCUAUGACCGUGCUACAUUGGAAGUCCUGAUACAGCCUAAAGUAGGCUUACCUGGUGUCCGAGAGCGAGCUAGAGAGCAGUGUGUACGGGAGACAUGCGAAGCAGCUCUUCUCUCCUCUCUUCACCCUCGCUCCUCUCUUACCCUCAUCCUACAGGAGAUCCAUGAUGAUGGCUCUCUUCUGGCAUGCUGUCUGAAUGCAGCUUGCAUGGCCCUGAUGGAUGCAGGUCUACCUAUGAGCUGCCUGUUUUGUGGUAUUACUUGUGUCAUCAACAUGGAUGGGCAGAUUAUCAUUGAUCCAACGUUACAACAAGAAAAGGAGACCAGAGCUUUGAUGACUUUUGCAAUUGACAGCAUUGACAAAAGAGUGAUGAUGUCGUCAACCAAAGGAUCUAUCUCAGUUCAAGAGCUUCAAGAAGCUAUAGCUUUGAGUCAGAGAGCUUCAGAGCGAAUCUUUCAGUUCUACAGAAGUUCGGUAUGUCGACGCUAUUCCAAGACUGCAACAAAUUAAACCUCACGUUGUUUUAACUUGUAUUCAUUUGUUUUGUAUAUUGUUCUGUACAAGUUUUCUAAAAUUAACUUCUAAUCUAAA